UCCGAUCCGCCGUCGGGUGAACAGAUCAGUCGUGCUGUACUUACAUCUAUGUGUUCUGGUUUUCCGUGCAAGUAACCGUUGUGAUCGUGCGAAUGAAAAUGAGCGAGAACGAAAAGCGCGCUGAUCUUGAGGAUCAGGGUCAGGAUCAGGAUCAGCAGCAGGAUCAGCAGCAGGAGCAGGAACAGGCUGGAGGGAAAAUGGAGAUCCUGCUGGAGCUGAACCUAAAGCAGAAGCUGGCCACCCGGCUGGGCACCGUCCUGAUGGCCACGUGCAUCUUCGUCUUCCUUUGCUGGGACAGCGCGUUGGCCAGCCUCACACUGGGAGCAGUGGUGGCGCUCCUGCUGAGAAAUCCCACCUUCGUCUUUGCCUUGGUGAUGACCGCGUCCAGGGACCUGAAGGCUUUCCAUCGUUUCGUGGCGCUCAACAUCUACCUGCUGAGGAAGGAUCGCGGGGGAUUCACUGUGGCCCGCUGCUUCCAGGAGCAGGCCAGGCGUCGUCCCAAGAAGACGUGCUUUGUGAUGGACGAUCGCCGCCUGAGCUUUGCAGAGGCUUUGGAGUUUAGCCAGAAGAUCGCCGGGUACUUCAAGGAUCGCGGCCUGCAGGAGGGCGACUGUGUGGCCCUGCUGAUGGAGACGCGUCUGGAGUAUCCCUGCAUUUGGCUGGGUCUCUCCCAGCUGGGCGUAAUCACAGCCCUCAUCAACUCCAAUCUGCGCGGGGAGUCGCUGCUGCACUCCAUUAAGGUGGCCAAUGCCAAGGCCCUGAUUGUGGGCAGUGAACUCCUGGAUGUGCUGAAAUCCCUCAGGGAGAAGGAGCAGCUGGCGGAAGUGCCCAUCUAUCAAUACACCGAUGAUGAGGUGCGCGGCGUUGCUGGACAUGAGCUGCUGCCAGGAGCUGUGGACUUGGUUAGUGCUCUCAGGACCCAAACGAAACUGCAGCUACCGCGAACUGCGCGUCCAGAAGAAGCGCGCUCGAAGUUGCUCUAUGUGUACACCUCCGGAACUACGGGCCUGCCCAAGGCAGCUGUGAUCACCAACCUGCGCUUCCUCUUCAUGUCCGCGGGAUCCUACUACAUGCUCAGGAUAUCCAGCGACGAUGUGGUGUACGAUCCCCUGCCCCUCUACCACACCGCCGGCGGCAUCGUGGGAGUGGGCAACGCCAUCCUCAAUGGCUCCACGGUGGUGCUGCGCAAGAAGUUCUCGGCCAGGAACUUCUGGCUGGACUGCAAUCGCCACAGCUGCACUGUGGCCCAGUACAUCGGGGAGCUGUGUCGCUAUCUCCUGGCCACGUCCUACGAGCCCGACCAGCAGAAGCACAGCCUGCGCCUGAUGUACGGAAACGGACUGAGGCCGCAGAUCUGGUCCAAGUUCGUCCGCAAGUUCGGCAUUCCGCACGUAGGAGAGAUCUACGGCGCCACCGAGGGCAACUCCAACCUGAUCAACAUCACCAACCGCGAGGGCGCCAUCGGAUUUGUUCCCGUCUACGGAGCGCGGCUCUACCCCGUCCAAGUCCUGCGCUGCGACGAGUACACGGGUGAGCCGCUUAAGGACUCCAAGGGGCACUGCAUCAGGUGUCUGCCGGGGCAGGCUGGUCUCCUCGUGGGCAAAGUCGAUGCCCGGCGGGCGGUGAGCGCCUUCCAUGGAUACGCCGACAAGGGAGCCUCGGAGCAGAAGCUCCUGCGAAAUGUCUUCACCUCCGGAGACGUCUACUUCAACUCGGGCGACAUGGUGGUGCGCGACAUACUCGGCUACUUCUACUUCAAGGAUCGCACGGGCGACACCUUCCGCUGGCGGGGCGAGAACGUGGCCACCCAGGAGGUGGAGGCCAUCAUCACGAACUGCGUGGGCUUGGAGGACUGCGUGGUGUACGGAGUGCAGAUCCCCCAUGUGGAGGGCAAGGCGGGAAUGGCGGCGAUUGUGGAUCCGGAUCGCAAGGUGGACAUGGACUACCUGUCCGUGGUGCUGCGGGGCAGUCUGCCGCCCUACGCCCGCCCCCUCUUCAUCCGACUGCUGGACGAGAUUCCGCGCACCGCCACCUUCAAGCUGAAGAAACGCGAGUUGGCCAAGGAGGCGUACGACAUUGGCCAGCUCUCAGACCCCAUUUACUACCUGAAUCGCGACGGGAUCUACAGGCCGCUCAGCCAGGAGCAGUACGAGUCGCUGCUGUCGGGAAAGGCGGGACUCUGAGCAAGGAGUGGUACCUUGUUGUGCCCUCAAUUGUAUUCCAGCCACUCUCCACUGUGUGUAAAUAGCAAAACGUUUGUCUGGCCCAAUGUAAUUUUAACGCUUAAACAACGACUGAUUCCGAAAUACCAAAAUACCCAAAUACCCAAAUGCCCAAA